ACUAUAUGCUAGCAAUUCAAGAUACUUAUUUAGACACAAGAAAUAUUUCACAAAAUAGCACCGGUGUGAAAUAUAAAGUAGAGAUAGACAAAUAUGAUAUUGGCGAUGUUGGCGCCCCGCAAAUAUUUGAUGCAUCGUCAGAAGAAUUAAAUGUAACACUGAUUUAUGGUAUUGAAAUAAACUAUCCAAAAACAGUACUGAGUAUUCUACAUGUGUGUCCGUCAGUUCGAAUAAAAACAACGAUUUUAACAUUGUACGACUUUCUCACUCUAUUUAUAUACAAGAGCUUAAUACUACUAUUGACGAAAAGAAAGUGCUUAUAGAAAAUGUAAAUGGCAGUAAAGUAUUCUCAGUUCGAAUGUGCACUCACAUGUUUGAAGAAUUAAUGAAACCCUUUGCGGAAACUGGGAAGCAGUUGGAGAGGAUAAACAAGUGCGUGACAAAAACAUUGUCUACGAGCGCUAUUUUAUCGCCGGUGUGUACUAGCAUUUCUUUAACAUUUUCGGUGUUAACUCUAAUAAUUUACUUGAGGUUCAAAGAACUAAAGACACAACCAGGAAUUAACAAUAUCGUACUGUGUAUAGCAUUGAUUAUUGCACAGACGUUAUUCCAGUUUGGAAGUGGACAGGCAUGUAAUGUUUCAAAGGUAGCAUGUCAAAUAAUCGGUAUUUUGGUUCAUUUCUCCUGGCUUUUUCUUAUCUUUUGGAUGAACUCUUGUUGCAUACACAUGUUUCGUGUUUUUAGAUUAAACCGAACUAGGAUGGCUUUAUUCAAUACCAUAAAAACUACAGUUGUCUACAUACUUUACAGCUUCAUUGCAGCCUUGAUAUUUGUACUUAUUAACGUCAGUGUGUCACUUCAGGGAAGUGCGGGGCAUGAUAUUGGGUAUGGAGGGUCCAUGUGCUAUAUCAAUAAGGACUACAUGGUGGCGUACUUGUUUGCAUUGCCCGUAGCAGUUAUUGUUUCCAUAAAUAUAAUUCUCUUUAUUAUUGUUACGUUUCAGAUGAAAAUGUCACCAAAGGUUCAAAAUGAUAAAAAUGAAAGAAAUCUUUUAUAUAUUUACGCAAGACUUUCUACAUUAACCGGUGGUACAUGGAUCUUUGGGUUCUUUAGUUACUUUUUCAAUGUUGUUGCUUUGGAUGUGAUAUUUAUCAUUCUUAAUGCAACUCAAGGUAUAUUUUUGUUCAUUGCCUUUGUUGCUAAUAGACGAACGUUGUCAUUACUGAGAAAGAAUGAGCAUAAACAAGCUCAGAAUACUAGCAAAACACAGACAUAUAGUAAUGACAGGGGUACUAACACAGGUAAUGAGACCAUUUUAAGUACACGAAGUGAUCAUUAUAUACAGUCCAACUAAACGCGAGCACUAAAUUGUAAAAAGUCGUAACAAUUUGCUUUAUUAGUAAAUUAAGUAAUAUUUGCUCUAUCUACUUCGUGGAAUAUGAAAAGUAAUAUAUCUUUUUUUGAUACAUGGGUAUGAAUGUAUCCGAUUGCAUCGUGGCAUAUGCAUAUGGUUUUGCUGUGUAAAUAUCUUAAUAAGACUAUAAAAUGAACUUUUAUUCAA